AUGAACAAAGAAGCUGAGCUCAACUAUAGCUUUUUAACUGAUGAACCAUACACAUCAGAGCUCUACAGCAGCUUACUCGAGCCCGCCCUCAACCAAGUUAAAGAAUCUUACACCCUUGCACAUAAAAGGCCUUUAACUCAAAAACAAAUCUUAAAAAUUAUUGUUUCUUCAGCUGCACAAGGAGCAUUAAUAGGUUUUCUUACUGCUUCAACAAAGGUAGCAAUCAGAAAUAUGACUCAUGAUUACGAAUCUCAAGAAAAAAAGGGUCCAAAAGAUUUAUAUUUCCUUCAGUAUUAUACAAAUCCUAAAAAGUAUCCAUCAAUGCUUCGUGGACUUAAAUCACAAUUGAAAGUAGAAAUAUCUUACAAAACUUGUCAAAAAUCAUUAAAUGCGCUUUCAAAAAUAAUGAUUAAUCCAUCCAAUUUAGAAUUCCAUCAAUCACUCGGCUUUAAUCUUGUUAGAACAUUUACUUGCAAUCUAUUAACAGCAUCAACUGUAUACCCGUUAUCUUUAUAUAUGUAUACGAACACUUCAGCAGAAGAAAUCAUGCGCAAAACACUCAGACGUGCUGGACCAGGCUCAUUCUUUUCUAGUUUAACAUCACUUGGCCUUUCAAUCGUGAAAUCUUUGAUGCCUUCUCAAAAGGACACAAUAUCGGUUCUCAUGGAUAUUAUCUCUUGA